AUGUCUACAAUCCUUUCAAAUGCUUGGGUGGAAAUAACCGAUCCGCAUACAAAUGAUGUCUUCUAUGCUAAUCCUCAAACCGGAGAAUGUGCAUGGGAGAAACCAUCUAACAUGACAUUGCAUCAAAAAGAUCCGACAGGUGAAUGGUGGGAAUUAUGGGAUGAUAACCAUCAACUUCCUUAUUAUUAUCACACAACUUCCGGACAAACCGAAUGGAUUCGUCCAGAAUUUGGAACGAUUAUUCCACUGACAAAAAUUCAGAAUUCAUCGAUUGGUAAAAGGAUAUCGGUUGCCUUAACCCCAUCAGAUGAGGAGAUUGAUGUGAAUCAGAUACAACAAAUUAAUGGGUUAAGACAUGCUAACGCUGUAAAUCCAGAACUCUCUUCUGGAAUGUUGAGCUUCAACUAUGUUUUAUCAAAACACCACUCGACUUCGUCAACGGUCUUGUCAUCCUCGAUGCUUAAAUCAUCAACUUCAAACCAAGAGCCACUUGAGGCUGUGCGGAAUGAUAUGGAUUCUUCGAAUAAAAGAACUAAUCAAUUAGGGAUUUCGUAUAAUUCGGUUUUAA